CCUGUCUCAAGAUUAAAAUGGCUACUUUCCCACACUUCGGAACUGCUGCUAUCCACGUUGGACAAGAACCAGAGCAAUGGGAUAUGAAUCAGGUGGUCCCGCCAAUCAGCUUGUCCUCGACCUACAAACAGGAUAAUCCAGGAGAGCCAAAGGGACACGAUUAUUCUCGUGCUGGAAACCCAACUCGUGAUGUUCUUCAAAAGAAUCUGGCUGCUCUCGAAGACGCAAAACACUGCCAAGUGUUCUCUUCAGGACUUGCCGCAACUUCCGCAAUCAUCAAUCUUCUCAAGUACGGAGAUCAUAUUGUGUGCUCUGAUGAUGUCUACGGAGGUACUCAAAGAUAUAUCCGCCGUGUUGCUGUUCCUAAUCACGGAUUGGAAGUCGAUUCGGUUGAUUUGACGGAUGUUCAGAAUCUCGAGAAAGCAAUCAAACCAAAUACCAAGAUGGUUUGGUUUGAAUCUCCAUCUAACCCACUUUUGAAGGUUGUUGAUAUUGCCGCAGUGGUCCAAACUGCAAAGAAAGCCAAUCCAGAAAUUGUUGUAGUUGUUGAUAAUACCUUCAUGUCUCCAUACUUCCAACGCCCAAUUUCUCUUGGAGCGGAUGUUGUCGUUCAUUCAAUUACCAAGUAUAUUAAUGGACAUUCUGAUGUUGUUAUGGGUGCUGUUAUCACUGAUAAUGACGAGUUCCAACAACAUCUUUUCUUCAUGCAACUUGCCGUCGGAGCAGUCCCAUCUCCAUUUGAUUGCUUCCUUGUUAAUCGUGGACUCAAAACUCUUCACAUCAGAAUGAGAGCUCACUAUGAAAAUGCUCUUGCUGUUGCCAAAUACCUUGAAGCCAAUGAUCGUAUCGAAUCAGUUCUCUAUCCAGCUCUUCCAUCUCAUCCACAACAUGAAGUUCAUGAGAAACAAACAAAGGGAAUGUCUGGAAUGAUCUCAUUCUAUCUUAAAGGAGAACUUCAAGAGAGUCGUGCUUUCCUUUCUGCUCUCAAAGUAUUCACUUUGGCUGAAUCUCUUGGAGGAUAUGAAUCACUUGCCGAGCUUCCAUCUAUCAUGACUCAUGCUUCAGUGCCUGCUGAAACUCGAAUUGUUCUUGGAAUCACUGAUAACCUUAUCCGUAUCUCUGUUGGAAUUGAAGAUCUCGAUGAUUUGGUUGCUGAUUUGGAUCAAGCUUUGAAGAUUGCCAUUCCAAAAGUAUAACUUUUCAAUCAUUUUAUGAUAUGCAUUUGUUUCAAAUCUGAAAGCCGGUACUAGUUUUAAUUGCCCACUCGUCUCCACCACAACCUCUAACUAAUCGACUCAAAUUGUGUCUUACACUAUCCAAUAAAUUUU